UGUGUUUUCUGGGCUCAGAGGGUCUCUCAGGAUGAGUGUGCGAGCGAGGGCCGUUUCCGAGGGGUCCCUGGACGAGCCGGACGACGAGGUGGUGCCCUACAGCGACGACGAGACCGAUGACGAGUUACAGUCCGAAGACGAGCUGGAUCGCAGCGAAGACCAGCUCCCAGAACCGGAAAGCAGACCGGCUCCGGUCGCCGAGCCCGGCUGGAGCGUCCGAGCCAACGACCGGGAGUACUGCCACCAGCCCCAGUUCAAGAAGAAGGUCUUCCUGUGCAUCAAGAAAAGCAAAUACUCCGUGAGUCAAACCAUCCUUAGUUUUAGUGAAAACCUGAAGCGCUUGUUUGCGCCACACCGCUUUGGAAUAAUUGAGAUUUUUAGUGAACGUUUCUAA